UCUCUCUCCCCUCCUCUAGUUGAGGAAAGCGAUAUCUCGCUCAUCUCUCCUCCGGUCCUUCCAGCCCGUUUCAAUGCCCACAUGGCCACGCGAACAUAAACCCUAGUCCAACCCGGAGAAGGGAAAACCCCAUAAAAUCCCUCCCCCAAAUCUCCCAUGCCUUAUAAGAAGAAGAAAGGAGGAAAGCCCCGCCAACCCCCGCCGCGAGCCCCAGAACAACCACUCCUCCGUCUCCCCCCAAAUCCUACCAUGCUCCAAGAUCCCCCUCCCCAGCCCCAACACCAAUCCCAGUCUCCGGCCAGGGAAGAAGAAGCCGCCACACGGCCUCCGCCGCCGCCGGCGCCUCCGCAAGAUGUAGAAGACGGAGGAGCAAGGGAAGAGGAGCCCCAGGCCGCGGCGGCCUCCCCUCCUCCCCCUCCCGACGUCGCCGCACCGGAGCUCCCGGUCCCUAACCCUGCUCCGGCCUCCCGGAAACCACUCGGCAAACGGAAGAAACCCUUGACGGAGAAGCAGCGGGCCGCGGUCCAGCAGAAGGCCGCCCUCCUCAAAGAGAAUCUCCGCCCUUUCCCCUUCGUCCCCGAGAAAACCCUAGAUCUGUCCAAGCACGAGCAGCUCUUCCGCUCCCUGGGGCUCUGGGACUUCGCCCACGUCCAGGUGGACCGCGAGAUCCGCUCCGAUUUCCUCAUAGCUCUCAUCGCCCACUACGAUCCCCCUAACCGCAGGAGCUUCGUCAACGAUGUCCGGUUCUCCGUCAGCCGUGCCGAUCUUGCCCGGGCUCUGUUGCUCCCCGUCAAGAAGGAGAAAGCCGGUGCUUUGGAGGGCGGCGACUCCCAGCAGGAGCUUUUCUCGAGGGAGGAGUCGGUCACGGCCAUAAUGGACUUCAUGUCGACCUAUAUGCUGUUCCAGUUCCAGGAUGAUGCGUGCAUACUACCGGCGGAGGUCGUGACGGUGACCCGGAUGGUGAAGGAGGGUCAGUCGCAGAAGGUGGAUUGGGCGGGAUUGAUGUGGAGUUUCGUGGAGAAAGAGCUCUUGGAGGUGCCAAAAUCUGGGGAUUGCUACUAUGCUUCGCACCUCCAGUGUUUGAUGAAACACCAGCAGCCCGGGUUGUUUGAAGAUGAAGCAGAACCCAAGUAUGAGCCUGUCCCUGAGCCUGAGCAUGAGAUAGAGUCUGAGCCUAAGCCUGAGCCCUCCACUGAAAUUCCUAUGGAAGAAGAGGAAGUACCUAUGGAAGAAGAGGAAGAUGAUGCAGAUGAUGGUGUAACAAGGACUCGAAGUUUAGAGGAUUUUUCAGAUGCCGGUCAUGAGAAGCAUGGGCCUGGGUUGAGUUUGGGACUUGGUGGGGAUGCGGAUGUGGAUGUUAUGGAUAGUUUUGAAGAGUGUAAGGAGGGAGAUGAGGAGCAGUGGCUUCCAGAGGAAAGGAAUGAGGGUGUUGAUCAUUGCUUGCGUCGCUGCAGCUCGAGUGCUGGUCGGGGUAUGGAGUUUGAAAAUUUGACUAAAGAAGCUGGGGAAGCGAGAGCGGAAGAAGGCUAUGUUGAUGAUAUAUCUGCAAAGUUUGCUUCUUUGGAGAGACUAACUUCAACUGACCUACUCCAAGCAAUGGACACGGUUAAUGUUCCCUAUAGUCUGCCUGUGAAUACCCUUGACCCUUCUUCUGGAGAAUUUUUGGCAAUGAGAGCUGAUGGAGCUGAUGCUCAGAAGACCAUGUCGCUAAACCAUGGACCAGGCAGUUCUUUCUUCUUUGGGAAUAAUGGCAAAAGGCAAAUUGGGGAGAUUGAUGAUGAUGAGGACGGCGAUGAUGAGGACAUUCACCAGUUUGCCCAAAACAAUCAUCAAAAGAGGAUGAGAAGUGGUGGACUUUGGGAACGUGCACCAUCGGAUUUUGAGACAUGCGUGGAACAAGUCCAGAGCUGUAUGGCAAAGGCUAAAAUUCUUUUUGCAGAGAAAGAGCAGGCUUGCAUGAAUGCCCAACUGGAGCUGCAGUACAUGCACCAGAUGCUUCAGCAGAAGGAUCAGAUCAUCCACUCCUUGGAGAAGACAAGGGUGGAAGAGCAACAGAAGUGGCAGCUGGAGGCUCACCGAUAUGAGCAUGAGCUCAACGUGAUGGCCCAACUGGUUUUCGGUUAUAAGAAGGCUUUGAGGGAAACCCGCAUCGCAUUUGCAGAGUAUAGAAAGAAGUUUCCACAGGGCGAUGAGCCUCUUUACAAAGAUGUUGGUGGGACUGGUGGUAUGGUUCUUAGUACUAGGGAGUUGGAAAGACAACGGCUGCAGAAAGAGGAGGAAAUGCGUUUUGCUGUAGCUGAGAUGAUAAAUAAUUUUCAAAAGGACUGGCUGGGUAAGCUUGACCAAUAUGCUUCAUUUCUUGCAGUGUUGACUAAGAGGAUUAUGGAACUUGAAGGAGAAAUCAGGCUUCUAAAAGAAAAUUUUGCUGCAAUUAAGGGUUCAAAGACCCAAGCCCUCCAAGGUACUUGCUCCACAUGACUUGUCUGGAGGAACCUUGUCUUAUGCCGCACAUGGAACCGACGGUCUCGUCAAGUCUUUUUGUCUUCUUCAACCAAUUAUGGCAUCCCUUCUUUCCAAUUAAUGCCAUUGUUGCAAAUUAUCUUGAGGGAACUCUCCUUGACAACUGAAGACACGUCAUCUAAGGUCAAAAAGGUUUCUGUACCAUCAAGAUCAAUCAUGCUUUAAAGUUAUUUUGCGCCAGUUGAUGGGCACUGCCGACGUCACCCAAAGUUCUGGAGCCAUCUGCUUGGUUUUUCAGGUUGAAGUUGAUUUCACACGAUUCACCAAUCUGGGUUGAUUUAAAGGAUCUCCAGAAUGACUAUGUUUCUGUGGUGGCGAUGCCUGUGCUGCAUACAUGAUUGGCCUGUAUGAUGGGGGUUGUUCCUUGAGCCGAGUGGACUGUGCACUGCAUGGCCCCCUGCUGUGUGUGACUGUCACUGCAUGAGCCCAGGGAGGGCCACUAGGUGUCUGUUUCAGAAAAUGCAUUCAUCCAGAACAUUCCUGUAUGUCUGCCUCGGCAAGAUGUUUAAUCACUAUCAUGGUUAAAAAUUAACUUAUGGCUUUGGUUGGGCUAAAGUGGUCUUGCAUUCGCAGUGACAUGGAAUUAUGUCUCAGAUUAUGCUAGUUUUUGGUUCUAAGUUCUGUUGGAAAGUGAAACGUGCAGUAUGUACCUGAUUUAUGUAAUGGUAAUACUGUUUGCAUUCAGUUUAAUAUCUUCCCACAUUAUAUGCA